ACGUGCUCAGCGUCCUGCGACAGUACAACAUCCAGAAGAAGGAGAUCGUGGUCAAGGGAGACGAAGUCAUCUUCGGGGAGUUCUCCUGGCCCAAGAACGUGAAGACCAACUAUGUCGUGUGGGGGACUGGAAAGGAAGGCCAACCCAGAGAAUACUACACAUUGGAUUCUAUCUUAUUUCUACUUAAUAAUGUACACCUUUCUCAUCCUGUUUAUGUCCGACGUGCAGCUACCGAAAAUAUUCCUGUGGUUAGAAGACCUGACCGAAAAGAUCUACUUGGAUAUCUCAAUGGGGAAGCAUCAACAUCAGCCAGCAUAGAUAGGAGCGCCCCCCUGGAAAUAGGUCUUCAGCGGUCUACUCAAGUCAAAAGAGCUGCAGAUGAAGUUUUAGCAGAAGCAAAGAAACCACGAAUUGAGGAUGAAGAGUGUGUGCGUCUUGAUAAAGAGAGAUUGGCAGCUCGUUUGGAAGGCCAUAAAGAAGGGAUUGUACAGACUGAACAGAUUAGGUCUUUGUCUGAAGCCAUGUCAGUGGAAAAAAUUGCUGCAAUCAAAGCCAAAAUUAUGGCUAAGAAAAGAUCUACUAUCAAGACUGAUCUAGAUGAUGAUAUAACUGCCCUUAAACAGAGGAGUUUUGUGGAUGCUGAGGUAGAUGUGACCAGAGAUAUUGUCAGCAGAGAAAGAGUGUGGAGAACAAGAACAACCAUCUUACAGAGCACAGGAAAGAAUUUUUCCAAGAAUAUUUUUGCAAUUCUUCAGUCUGUAAAAGCCAGAGAAGAAGGGCGUGCCCCUGAACAGCGGCCUGCUCCAAAUACAGCUCCUGUGGAUCCCACAUUGCGUACGAAGCAACCUAUCCCAGCUGCCUACAACAGAUAUGACCAGGAAAGAUUCAAAGGCAAAGAAGAAACGGAAGGCUUUAAGAUUGAUACUAUGGGCACAUACCAUGGCAUGACACUGAAAUCUGUAACGGAAGGUGCAUCUGCCCGUAAGACUCAAACUCCUGCAGCCCAGCCUGUACCUAGACCAGUUUCUCAAGCAAGACCACCCCCAAAUCAGAAGAAAGGAUCACGAACACCUAUUAUUAUUAUCCCUGCAGCUACCACUUCUUUAAUAACUAUGCUUAAUGCAAAAGACCUUCUACAGGAUCUAAAGUUUGUCCCAUCAGAUGAAAAGAAGAAACAAGGUUGUCAACGAGAAAAUGAAACACUAAUACAGAGAAGAAAAGAUCAAAUGCAACCAGGGGGCACCGCCAUUAGUGUCACAGUACCUUAUAGAGUAGUAGACCAGCCCCUGAAACUUAUGCCUCAAGAUUGGGAUCGGGUUGUAGCUGUUUUUGUUCAAGGUCCUGCUUGGCAGUUCAAAGGUUGGCCAUGGCUUCUACCUGAUGGAUCACCAGUUGACAUAUUUGCUAAAAUUAAAGCCUUCCAUCUCAAGUAUGAUGAAGUUCGUCUAGAUCCAAAUGUUCAAAAAUGGGAUGUAACAGUGUUAGAACUCAGCUACCAUAAGCGUCAUUUGGAUAGACCAGUUUUCUUACGCUUCUGGGAAACAUUGGAUAGGUACAUGGUAAAGCAUAAAUCCCACUUGAGAUUCUGAAUCACUUGAUUCCUCCAUUUCUGAAAACUUGGUUUAAGAAGCAUGGAUAUAGCUUCAUCUACAGACUGAAACCCAAGCUUUAUGAAUUCAUCAAGAACUUGCAAAUGAAGAAGGCCACAGAGCAGUCUUUUAUAAGACCUUGUUUGAUUCUGUGUGCUUCAAAGGGGCAUUGCCUCCCAUCCAUACAAGCAAACUUUUUUGGCUUACAACUAUUUUUUUAAUAUUAGCCUUCUAGUCUGUAAUGGAAAUUGUAUAUUUUGAUAGAAGCUUUUUCUCUAUUGGUUAAAUUAGCAUUACUUAAAAAAAUUUGUUUCUUUAGAAAUAAAUACAGGUUAUAAAUGUGUGUAUAUUUAGAAGUUAUUAGGCUCUCUAAGCCAUCUUGCUUCUGAUUUUUCAUUGCUCUAUGAUUCCUUUUACUGGAAAAUACUGUCAUGAAUGGUUUUAAAUUUUAGACUCUAGAACUUCAAAACCCUAUCAAAGGGAAGUAACUAUUAAAUCAGUUGAAAGUUGGCCUGUGUGUAUACUAUGUCUAUACUAACUCAUGUUUAAAAAGGAAUAAUGAAAAAUCAAGAACAAGUCUUCAGUUUCGGUUGAAUUCAGCCUUUUCAAGAUUUCUUUUGUAAAUGAAUACAUUUAAUGAAUGUACACUAUCUUUGUUGACUUUGAUGAUUUUAAACUUAAAGUGAUAUAUUUCUAUCUGGGAUAUGUUUCCACUUGAAAAGAAAUCUCAAGAAACAAAGAUUAAAGUAUAAUAGGCUGUAGUGACUCUUACCUAGAAAGCUAAAGUAUGAUUUGGGAGACUUGAGUACGUAUCAGCCUAGUUACAGUGUAACUUGAACUUCUAAGUUUGAUUUUGAUUCUUAUAUGCUAUAGGAUUUUGAGUCUUCUAUUUGUACACAUGUCAACUUGGGACUUCUUAUCUUCCAUUAUCUCUAAAUAUUGAUAAAUUCCCAGGCACCAAAGAACACAUUUGGUUACGUGUCUGAACAGAAACAAGAUAAAAACACUGGUAUUUUUAUGUGUGUGUUCAAUGUGGUAUAAAAUAUAAAACCUAUAUUUUAACUUAGUAAAAUAUUUUACUAUUUCUCUACUUUAGACAGAGUGUUGCAUCCAAGCUGCAAUGAAUGACCAUGCUCUUUGAGUCCUGGUUUUACCUUUUACUAUUUAAAAGGAAUAUUUAUUCCUUGAAACCGUUUUCUGCCAUUAGAGCUCUUGUUGACCAUCCCACCUUGUAUCUUGUUUUCUUCAGUGGCUAUCUCUUAGGUUAUCAAAUUGGGGAACUUGGGGGGUGCAGUAAAACAUUUAGCUCUUCUGUUCUGGUGAGGAUACUUAGCCUCUUUAGAAUUUAAUGCUAUCAUAAAGAUGAGAAAAAAGUAUUAAUUUAUUUUAUUAACUUACUACAAAAAUCAAUUAUCAGUAAAAAUGGAAAAGAUAUUUAUUCAGAUGGAAUUCAGUGGGCUCUCCAGAAGAGAAGCAGCUAUUGUUUCAAAUGACUUUAGUACAUUUUGAAUUUUAGUAGGUUUUGCCCACAAUUUCCUAUUCUCCUGCAUCCUCUUCUUUAUGGCAAAAGAAAACUCAGUUUGUUCAGAGAAUUUCUCAGCAUACAAAUCUAUUCUUAAAUUAUGUAUUGAAUAAACUUUCUCCACAAUGAAAUAGUCAGUGAGUCAAACCUGUAAUACUUUAAUGUAAAAUUACUUGUUAGGACUACUGCAAAGUGGACAUGAACUACUACUACCUUUCCAUAAAGAUGUUUGAUAUUUAUUCUUACUAUCUGAAAUUUACUUGAUAACAGAGUAUGGUUAAAAUUAAUAUCUACUUUGAACAUGGUUUAUUUUUCUAUUUUAAAUUUGCUUUGUGUUUAGUCAAAGGUUUCUGGGUAUACCUGUAACUUAGUAAAUCUAGAACUGUG